AUGAACUCGUUCAAUUUGCUCGUGAUCUUCAUCGCGAUUGGAUACGCCAAGUGUGACACAAAACGGAUGCUCCCCCACGAAAGGUCGUCGAUAGAUGAUUGUGAUUUACGGUUCUACAAACAAUUCCAAUUCAGUGGAGUUCUGCCCUCCGCAGGAAGGCCUGCGUACUUGCGUGAAUUUGCCCAUAUAGCCGCCAUCGGAUGGACCGGUCAAGGUAGUACACGAUGGUUAUGUGCAGGUUCAUUGAUCUGGGAAAACUUUAUCCUCACGGUGGCGCAUUGUGCAGUGGACGAAAACAACAUUCCACCGGAUGUAGCCCGAUUGGGAGAUAUCAACAUAAACAGCGACCACGAUGAUGCUUUUGCUCAAGAAUUGAAGAUCGUGGAUAUCAUCCGCCACCCGAAACAUCAGUUCAGUUCGACCUACUACGACAUUGCGCUGAUGAGGCUAGAGAAAAAUGUUACAGUGUCUGCUGUUGUUGUACCGACCUGUCUCUGGUUGGACGAUGAGAUACGCUUCCCGAAACUGUUGGCAGCAGGUUGGGGCAGUACCGGAAUCGGUGAGAACCACACAGACAAGCUUUUGAAGGUGGAGCUGGCCCCGAUGAGCAACGACAAAUGCUCCACUUACUAUGCACGAGGCACGCGUACUUUGCGGAACGGACUAAUGGAUCAUCAAUUAUGUGCAGGCGAUGAAAAGAUGGAUACAUGUCCAGGAGACUCCGGUGGUCCACUGCACGUGAAGCUCUUCCAGGAUUGGAGACUCAUCCCAUUCCUAGUGGGCGUAACAUCCUUCGGAAAGGUGUGCGGUAUGUCUGCGCCAGGGGUGUACGUAAAGGUGUCUUCAUUUGGCGAUUGGAUUAUUGAAACACUUCAAAGCCAUGGAGAACAAGCUACUCGCUUUAAAUUUAAGCCACUGGUUUGCGCGGCACGGUAUUACGAACUGCGUGAAUAUAAAGAAGAUGCCAUGACCAUAUACAAUGGUCAGGAAACGGAAAAUUGGGACAACAAGUACGUAAGCCCCGUUGGCAGUGACUACGUUGUAAAUUUCCGAUGGCCUUAUUCGCUUAACGGACGGCAUGGGAAUUGUUCCGGAACGUUGAUCGAACCAAACGUUGUGCUGACUUUGGCGGAGUGUAUGUUACGCGAAGAAUCAUGGCCAACGGACGUCCUUCUGGCAGAUUCGAGUCACCUAGAAAUUGCGGAAAUCAUUGUACAUCCGCAUUACAACCGCUCCUUCAAUCCGUACUACAACAACAUCGCUGUCGUGAAGCUCAAAACCUUCGCACCUAUUGCACCGUUCUGCGGGUGGUAUGGGGAAUCGAGUCUGUCCCAAAAACUGAUACUAGCAGCGCAACGUGUGAUAACGAAUGAAAGCUUCCCUGAAUCGAAUUACGCAACAUUUACGACUCGUGUCUGGGAGCAAUCGCAGGGUCAAUGUCAUCUGGCUCGGCGAUACGCUGAGGCUCUUCCACGGGGUUUGCUCGACGAGCAUUUGUGCUACGGGAAUGAACCAUUUCUUGUGCCGGGCGCAUGCGACUCAUUACCAGGGAGCCCAAUAGAAUGGAAUGAUUUGGUAUAUGUCUAUAUCGAAGGUAUCAAUCUAUUCGGACGCGAUUGUGGAUAUGGCGAACCGGGUGUCGCUGUACGGCUUAGUGCACAUAGAGCGUGGCUUGAAACGGUGUUGCUUCCCCGCUCGAGGCUUCAAACGGUGUUGCUUCCCCGCUCGAGGCUUGAUGCUCUCAUAUACAUUGAUGCUGAUUUGGAGAUCUCGGACGAAUGCGUAUAUGCAGAUGGAACGAAAGGCACGUGCACACCUCAACAAGAAUGUCCAGCCAUUCACAUACGGCAGCAGAAUAUGCAACAGCUCAUCUUCUGUACGAAUAAUACUGUUUGUUGUUGUCCCAAGGAAUUCUUGGAACGGCAGAGCAUUGCAAUCGAAAACGAGUUCAAUCAAUGUGAAGAGCGUUAUAAGCACCUAAGAGCAAUCCGGCAAGAGGACAUCUCGUCACACGUGGUAAGAAUUAGUCGACGAAACGGUACACGAACCGAAUUCCAUUGCUAUGGAUACCUGAUCAGUACGCGUGGCGUUGUAUCUUCCGCAUCAUGCCUGACCGAAAAAUUUCCUUCUCCCAACAUUGUGCACCUGGGCGGCUUGGGUUCUUCGACAAGUUCUAAAUGGAUUCGUAUACAAAAUAUUGACAUUCAUCCAAAGUACAGCGCAUCGACUCAACAGCAUGACAUUGCAAUAGUGCAGCUGGAAUCUGCCGUUGAACCAUCGGAACAUGCUUUUCCCGGUUGCCUGUGGCAAAAUGUCACUCACUCACCGGUGCAGCAGGAGGUGUAUGAUGCUGUUUCUGCACGAUAUGAUCCUAUCCAUCCGAUGUACAAAAGUGACUGUGAAGCUAUUUUAAAUCGUUCAUUCGAUGAGCCUGAAAUGAUCUGUAUGAACCCCGGGGUGCAGUUUUAUCUGAGCAAAACGUAUCACUAUGAUUUGCAAAUACGUCAUGGAAGGAAGGAGUUUAUGCCCGAUCAAUGCUACUCUGCUGGAAGUCCGAUCGUGUGGAAGAAUUAUUCUACGAAUGCAGAUUCGUACAUCGAAUAUCUGGUGAAUGUUUACAGUCACGGCAGCUGCAACGCCACCACACCGCGCGUCGUAAACCGAGUGGCGCCUUACAUUGAAUGGUUCAAGCAAGUGCUGCAGUGA